UUAUUGUUAUUGGUUUGUUAUUGUUUUUUAACUGCUGGUGGAGGAUGCAGUGAAAACGCGGAUCGCUCGUGCCGUGCCGUGUCUUUCUGCUACGGGAAGGGAGAUAGAUAACAGCAGCAGUAGCAGCAGCAGCAGCAGCAGCUCGUGGUCAAUAUCGUACCUCAAUUAACUGUUGACGACUGAGCGGCUCGGCAGGCUGUGCCUAGGGACCAAGAGGGGGGCGAAAUCCGGGCGAUUCUGGUACACCACCCCGCCGCAUUCACAGCACAACCAUCCUCCCCGAUGGUGCGUGUGCGUAAAGUGUCGAGUUCGUGCAGUUAAAGUGAGCAAGAAGGGAGGGGAAAAAACCAGUGCGACCGUCCCACAAGUGAACGAGAAGAAGAAGCAGCAGCAGCAGAAACAAACCCCACACACAACAGCAACAAAGAGAAGAAACAUUCGAGCUCGAUAAGAGACACUCCGAGAGGCACAAGGAAUGACUUCUUAUUGUCGGUCAGGCCCUUAAGAAAGACGGUUGUCGUUAGUGUGCGUGUGUGUUUUUUUUCUUCUGUUUUUUUUGCCGUAUUUGGUUUUGCGUUGGGGUCGUUGGUUUCGUUUUCGACUGCCGUCCACUAAUAACUACUCACUUUCCGGUGCAUUUCGGGCCCGUGCGAAACCGUCGUUGGGACACCACCUCCCCCAUCGGAAAGCAGUUCCCGCAGUCAUCAGCCCUCCAAAACCUCGCGUGAAUAUCGUGUGUGUGUCCUGUGUGUUUUUGUGUGUGUGCUGUACGUGCGUGCAAAGUGAAGCAGUGUGGACGGUUUUGGUACAUAAAUUAGCCCGCAUUAAUCACCACCACCAAUCGAUCGAUACCGUUCUACGGACACAUUCGGACACUGGCCGUGCCCUCCCCACCCCCAAGGCUGUUCUUCCCCUUCUAGUGGGUGUGUGUGUGAACGGUAGUGUACGGUACGGUGUGUGUCACGUUUCGCAAGCCCGGAACUAUGGAAUUCAAACCCCCGGACAAGUGGUCCUAGUACAUGAUACUUCUUUCGUACUACUGUGGUCUGUGCGCGUGUCUGUGGCUUAUCUCGCAAUGUUGCUUUAAACGCAAUCGCGCUACCUGUAUGCAAAUUUGCUGCUUGUUUUCUUAAGUUGCCGCAUCGCUCAUCUGUUUUUUUCUGUCCGUUCCUCCCAAAAACCCACCCCGAGUGUAUGUGUGCCCUGUAUGUGUGCGUGGUGCAGUCUCGUGAGUUUGAGAUCUUCGGUGCGGCAAGUGCGGUGUUUUGAUUCUCACAAGUUGCACAAAAGGGGUCCUAGUAAGCUGCAAAAAAGUACAGCAGGGUGGUGAGCGGGCACGCACCAUUCGUAAAGACGCAAACGGCAAAGGCAGGCUACGAAAUAAUUAGUGCAAACCCACCGCACCGCCGUGUAUAGGCGCGCGCAUUCGUGUAAUACGCGACGCACGACCCGAUUAUGGCCCGGUCGGGAAGAUGGGCAAUGUUAAAAAUAAUAGCACAACACCUUACCGCUGCCGUCCUGCCGCUGCUGCUACUGGCUGGUGCCACCUGGCGCACGGUCGACAGUAAAGCGCUGGUCGACCGGGGGCACGAUGUCGGAUCGCCGGAAAUGCAACCGAUUGUCGGCGGCGCGGAGCGGGUUGCAAUUGUGACGGUGGUGCCAGGGACCGGGGGCACAUUGCGGCUGUACGGGGACGCUGGGGACGGACGCACGUUUCUGGUCGAUCGUGUACGGGCGCAGUGUCAUGAGCAGCAGCUGCACGUGGUCGAAUCCUUUCCGCCCGGCGUGGAACGAUCAGCAGCAGCCGUGCCGACGAUGGAGGAGGAGCUCUGGCGUGGUGCUACGAUGCUGUGCUGGUCUCUGCAGGGAAAUGUGGUUGAGCUCGUGAUCAAGGAAGAUGCCCAAAUAAUACCAGUACUAAAGACUGACCUACCCAGCAGCACUGACAUUGGGAGCACCAAUGAACAACGAUCAAAGCGUAACAUUGAUAAGGAUAGUGAUGCGAACAGCAUCAUCCACGUCGAGAACCCCGAAACCGAGGAGCAGGGCACACUUCGCAUCGAAGGAUAUCGAAUCGAAAACUCGGAACUGGCGCCCGAACGAGACGAGAACGAUGUACCGUCGGUGCGCAUCAACACGCAGGUGCAGCUGCGCCUGUUCGGUACGGGCAUUACGCGGAAUGUGGCCAUCAUCUUCACGCACGAAACCUACCGGUUCGGGGGCCCGUGUCAGGUGCCGGUCACGGAAAAGUUUCACGUGACGUAUGCGGAGCCGAACGGCCGCAGUGGGCUGGUGGAAAUCGAACUGCCGGAAGUGAUCAAGAACAAAAAGUAUUUCUACAUGUGCGCAAAGUACGAGAGCGUCGAUCCGUUGGAAGGAUCGGACGAAUACGAUAAGGAAGCAUCGAAAGUAAACCCUUUUCUACACCAAGGAUCGGAUAUGUGGUUGCGCAUGACUAGCCAUCAGCCGUUGCUACCGCUCUGGCUGUCGAUCACAGUGAUUGCCGUGUGUCUGAUGUUUUCGGCGCUCUUCUCUGGCCUUAACUUAGGGCUUAUGUCAUUGGAUAAAACUGAUUUGCAGAUCCUGUGCAAUACCGGCAGCGACAAGGAAAAGGAGUACGCCAGGGCCAUUCAGCCGGUUCGCAAGCACGGCAACUAUUUGCUGUGCAGCAUUCUGCUCGGUAACGUGCUGGUCAACUCAACGUUCACCAUCCUGCUGGACAGUCUUACGUCGGGACUGUUUGCCGUCAUUGGUUCCACCGUUGCGAUUGUAAUUUUUGGCGAAAUCAUUCCACAGGCCAUCUGUUCGCGACACGGUCUCGCUGUGGGAGCGAAAACUAUUUAUAUCACCAGAGCGUUUAUGAUGCUCACAUAUCCAGUAUCAUACCCAACAUCAAAAAUACUCGACCUUAUUCUGGGCAAGGAAAUUGGCAAUUUCUACGAUCGCGACCGGCUAAAGGAGUUGGUCCAGGUUACGAAAGAUGUAAACGAUUUGGAUAAGGAUGAAGUGAACGUCAUUUCCGGUGUUCUUGAGUUGCGUAAGAAAAAAGUGGAAGACGUGAUGACUCGUCUGGAAGAUGCCUACAUGCUGCCGAUGGAUGCAGUGAUGGAUUUCGAAACCAUCUCCGAAAUUAUGCAGACAGGCUAUUCGCGCAUUCCCGUUUACGAAGGGGAACGCACGAACAUAAAAUCCAUCCUGCACAUCAAGGAUCUGGCAUUCGUCGACCCGGACGAUAACACCCCGAUACGGCAGAUUUGCGAGUUUUACGGCAACCGGUUACACUUCGUCUUCUUCGACCAGACGCUGGACGUAAUGUUUAAGGAGUUUAAAAGCGGCGAGUUCGGGCACAUGGCGUUCAUACAGAACGUAAACUCGGAGGGCGAGGGCGACCCGUACUACUACACGCUUGGGCUGAUCACGCUCGAGGACGUGAUUGAGGAGCUGAUACAGGCAGAAAUAGUCGACGAAACGGACGUGUUCACCGACAACCAGAGCAAAGUGCCGCGCAAACGUAUCAAGCGGCAGGGUGUGCCACUGUUCGGCCAUCGGUCGGACAAAAAUAUGGAAGUGCAGCGUAUACGCAUUGGUCCGCAGCUGCUGUUCGCUACGUACCAAUUCAUAUCGACCGGCGUAACGGCGUUUACACCAUCCUGCAUCUCGGAAACGAUCCUGCGCCGUUUGCUGAGUCAAAACAUUUUCCAUCACAUCAAGAUCAAGAGCAAAACGAACAACGAACGCGUGGUAAUUAUCGAGCGCGGUACUGCGAUCGACCAUUUUGUGCUGAUCCUCGAAGGGCGCGUGGAGGUAACCGUUGGCAAGGAGAAUUUGCUGUUUGAGAGCGGACCGUUCACCUACUACGGGCUGCAGGCGAUCGUGCAAAGUCCCAGCUGUGAUACGUCCACCAACACGCCGCAGCAAAUUUUGGGAUCGCUUGAAUCCAUCAAUCGCGACGCCAACUCCAAGCAUGUCUUCAUACCGGACUACACGGUGAAGGCGAUCACGGACGUGCUGUACUUGCAGAUCCACCGCAAUCUCUAUCUGGCGGCCAAACGUGCCACACUGAUGGAGCGCAAGCAGAAACUGGGCGACCAGUCGAUGGAUCCAAUCGACGCGGAGGUAGAGCAGUUGAUGCACUCGCUGGAUAAAGCAGACCAGAACAGUAUCACACCCGAUGCUACCAACUUGACUGUCAAUUCCGGGGCGAAGGCUAGUAAAUCGUCAAGCGAUGUGGCCUCACCGAUUACGGCCUUAAAUGAGCAUCGACCAGCUACGGAAAUGAAAUGGUUGUCGCCGGGGACCGGGACAGGGAUCCCAGCAGUGCCCCACUGCUGCCAAAGCCAUAACCCACGGUGUACCUCGUUGUACUGUACUACACCCUCGCGUACAGCACCAGCAGAGCAUCCGGCCAUGCAUCGAACCCAUCAUCACCACCAACACCACCACCCGUACCAUUGCCAAUUCGAUAGGAGUUUAUCGUUCGACUGUUGGAUGUCGUGUUAGCCUGUGCGUGCGUGCGUGCGUGCGUGCGCGCUCCGAUCCACUUCCUCACUCUGAUCCCCUCUCAACUACCUACUUGUUCUAUCAAUUUACUCUGCUAUAUAUUAUUAAAAACCGUUACCUAGAGUUUACCAGGGUUUGUGCUAAUAAUCGUGUGGCAUUUUUGUUUUUGUUUUAAACUUACGCAAAGCACGUGCAAUACACGGACCGAACGCGUACGCGAAAGAGUAGUAGUAGAAAUGCGCUGUACGCGCUAGUGAGAUUUGUUAACGUUGUUGGGUCAGAGAGAUUGUUGUUUAACGACUGUGUAAAUUAGUAUUACUGUUAUUAUUUUCGCGUGACGCUCGGGUUGUGCUCCCCAAAACCCCAUCCGACGGUACCAGGACGGAGCAAGACUUAAAGGCAAAAAAUAAAACCCCGCCGCAACCUUGCACCCGUGGAUUCGGUCAGUGCUGCUGCUGAAAAUGCUCGGUGGUAGUGUAUCUCCUCGCCGCAAUCGUUAUAGCCAGCGUCUGUUGUUAAGGCAAUCGGUUUUGUAGCCAAUCCCUUCACUCAGUUAAUCCUUCACCUGAGCGUACAAAAGAGCGUGCCUACUUCUCCGUCGCCGGACCGCCGGAUCAAGCGGCAACCGGGGACCGGGAAGGAUCGCGAAAGCCCCGUUACUGACUGGUGAAAGUAUACCGAGCGAUAGAACAAACACAAACGUCUAUUUGGACGUCGAGGGGCACCGUGUGCUAUAUUUAUCCUAGGACGAGCAAUCCGGUGCGCGAUGUACUUACCGGAUGGGAGGGAGGCGUAGGCGAAAAUGUAUCGCAAUGAUUGAUGGUCCGCAACACUGUAUAACCCAAAAAGUGAAGCCAAAAGAUUUAAAAAGCACACAUGUGCGGCCAUGAUGGCCCCAGCGAAUUAGGAAAGUAGUGUAUGAUAGGGUACAAUUGAAAUGAGAAAACUCGUUAGAAGCAAGAUCGUGUGACUGAGCGCACUUAACAGUACCGUACCGGGAAAUAUGGAAAACCCCCUUAUCGUUUAGUGUACAGGACAGUGGAUUAGGAACGAAACCGAAAAUGUAUCGGGAUCUGCAACGGGCUAGCAGUCAGCCGUUGUUUUCGGUGUGCCGAUGGAGAAUCUCCGCAGCACGGUAUGUUUUUUUGUUUGUUGGUUUUAGUUCUAUUACGAAGCUUUGGUUAAUCGUUUAUGUUUUUGGCAACAAGGGUAGAAGCAAAGACACAACAACCACAAAAAAAGAUAAAAUACAUCUUUGAUAUAGUGAGAUAGUGUAAUUUGGCUAGGGCGCCAGUGCAACGAGCUAGUUCAGCAAGUAAGUAAGCAAGUAGCGAAUUUCGCAAAGAAAAAAAAACAGAAAAAAAAGAAAUAUUUUUCCACUUUCCACUCGUAGUUGAAUUUGAAUACCACGAAGAAAAUAUACACAUCUACAUGCAUGGGUGCGCCAUUGUAUAAUAA